AGUAACUUUAAACAAGACUGAAGUUGUCAAGUAACUGGGUGCCAGUAAGAUACAGAUAGCAAAGUAUCAACCAGGUUAACGUGCACAAUAUUUUCGUUUUCUCACUUUGCACUUCGAACAAAUGUAUUUCUGAAAUGUCUACCUCCACAGCGAAAUUGAAGAAGCCAACUGUUAAAGUAUCUCCAUCCUCCAAAGCAUCAAACAUAUCAACAUCUGGAAUACUCAAAGUCAACCAAAGCACAAAUAAUACCAAGAGUGCCGCUUCAGUAAAUCGAAAAAGUUUCAGUUUAGCCGGAGACAGCAAAGUUCUUGAUAAGAGCGCAAGCCAACCAGCUAAGCGUGUUUUACAGGUUUUUGAUGACCAUGGCAAAGAUGUCACCCCUCGUCCGCUCUACAACCCAGAGCCUGGUGUUGUGCAUCAUAAACAGAGUAAAAUCCUCACAGCACACGACACUACCAGCGCCACUGCCUCCGAUUUCCUCUCUACCACAUGCCAAACUACCAAUGCAAGUUCUGCUGGGCCCUUUACCAGGUCAGUUUUUGGAAGCAGUACUGUGUCGAAAUCAAGCCAGUCUACCAUGGAAUCAAUGACUGACGAAGCUGAGGAUCCAUCUUCCAAGCAUGACAUUUCCCUUAGCGUUCCCGAAGUACAGGUUAGGAGGGAAGAGGUGAAGGAGCACAUCAGCGAUGAAAUGUUGGAUGCUGUAGUGGACAGAUAUUUAACUGAAACAGAGACUAUCUGGUUGCUGGACAUACCUGGAGUCGCUGUGGCUGCAGACUCAGACGAAGCUGUGACCGUGAAAGAGAGAAACAAUGCAUACACUGAGCUGUGUAAAAACAGACUGGGGAAUGACAAAUAUGUGGAAAGAAUGAUGCAGACUUUCAGUGGAGCCCCAAAAACGAAAGAAGUCCAGAGUGAGAGGAUUACCAUGGUGGAUGCCGGUAUUGUAGCAACUACCUGGGACAUGUACGACACUUUCUCUGCCAUUGGAGUGGGCGAGACCAUGAAGUCCCCAGACACAGAAGGCUACCUUGAGGUUGUCUCAGACCACAGACACACCACGAGUGGAGGCUCGGACAGAGAUACAUCUCUCAUCAGCAACGCAAGCAUAGAAAGCAGCACCAGUUCACACAUAGAGACAGAGACUUUUACCGGGACCAGUGAGGAAGAAGCAGACCCUCAGCUGAUUCUCCAGUCUGAGAAGUUUCAGCAGGACUUGUUUGUAAUGGAGAGGAUUCUACUGGAGAACAUCUUGCAACCUAAACAGGCUGCCUAUAGGCAACUUCCUGUCUUGAGAGAUCCUUAUUCACAGAAAUACGAGGCUGUGAGCAAGAGUGAGGGGAAGGAAGAGGGCACCCUGACACCAGCACUAGAGCGCCUGUGGUCGUAUACCUGCUCGCUGACCAUCGGCCUCAAUGUCACUUGCAUGGCCUGGAACAAGCGAAAUCCGGAUAUUCUGGCUGUGGGAUAUGGGCAUUUUGAUUUUAGAGACCAGAAACAUGGUUUGGUGUGCUGCUGGUCUCUGAAGAAUCCCAUGUGGCCAGAGCGAAUAUUCCCCUGCGAGAGUGGCGUGACUGCGUUGGACUUCUCUUCUAGCAGUGGAGGCCAGCUGGCUGUAGGAAUGAAUGACGGGAUCAUAGCAACCUAUAAUGUUCAGAGUGCAGAAAAAGCUCCAGUUGUUGACAGCAGUGAUUCCACCCACAAACACACGGGCCCUGUGUGGCAGGUUAAGUGGAUUGAGAUGGAGAGAGCUAUGAUGGGGGAGGACAAGGGAGAGUCUCUUAUUUCGGUGUCUGCGGAUGGAAGGAUCUGCAAAUGGUUCCUGAGGAAAGGCCUUGAUUGCAUUGACCUGAUGAAGCUGAAAAGAACUGACAAAUCCAAAAAGGCGGAGGAAAAGGAGGGAAAGGGUGAGGUGCAGAUCUCCCGACAGGCACCUGGGCUGUGUUUCGAUUUCCAUCCUAAGGACACAAUCCUGUACCUGGCUGGCACAGAAGAAGGCUAUAUUCAUAAGUGCUCCUGUGCAUAUAAUGAACAGUAUCUGGAGACAUACAGAGGGCACGAUGGGCCGCUCUACAGGAUCACCUGGUCCCCCUUCUGCCUGGAUGUCUUCCUCAGCUGCUCGUCCGACUGGACAGUCCAGCUGUGGAGGCAGGAUCUGUUGCAGCCUGUGCUGGGGUUCACCUCCGGCCAAAGGGCCGUGUUUGAUGUCAUGUGGUCGCCGAGGUGCGCCACAGUUUUCGGAACAGUCAACGAGGACAGGGUGGAGAUCUGGGACUUGAGCAUCAGCAUCUUGGACCCCACCAUCGUGAGCUUGGCUGGCCCAGGGGUGAAGUUUACCUCGCUGCUGUUUGCCACUGAAACAGACUGUGUUCUGGUGGGGGACAGUGAAGGCCAAGUUGGUGUCUAUCAGCUGAAGAACCUGAACAUGGGAGAGGACACAAAGGUGGAUGUGUUGGAAGAUAUCAUUAGGUCAUCCCUCUCAAGCUAG